AUGGCCUACGAAGCCGCCCAGCAGACACCACUCUUGCAACCCAGACACACGGACUCGCGACUCGCACUCAGCGACAUAAAAAUCUGCAGACACAGCUCAUCGCAGACUCUCUUGAACGUCUUCACAAUGCGUUUCACCACCCUCGUUGCGUUCCUCAGCCUCGUGCUGGCUGUUCCGAACCUGAGCCUCGAGUCGUUCGUGCAAGCCAGCCUCAACGCUCGCCAGGCCAGAACCACUACUACCACUACCGUUGUCACAACCACGGUAGUCCCCACCACGACCACAGUUGACCCCGCCGCAGUCGCCACCACGAAAACGAUGGUCGCCACGAGCACGACCGUCGUCACCAGCAUGAUCCUCGACACGAGCACGGAUGUGGUCACAAGCACGGAUGUGGUCACGAGCACGACCGUCGUCACGACCACCUCGACCACGAACACCACCAUCUCCAUCACCCCCACCCCCGACCCGGACUUCGACUCUCCAGACCGACGACUCGAAGGCCGCGACUGGCGGGCCAACCGGGACGCGGCUCUCUCGCGGGCGCGCCAGGCGGGCGAGCGGGGCCGCGCCAAGGGCCAGGAGGGCCAGCGCAAGGGCGAGGAGGCGCGGCAGCGCGGGGAGGCCAAGUCGCAGGAGAACGACCGGAACACCAACAACAGCACCGGCACCGGCAACGCGCGGCGGGCGUGGCGGGACGACGUGGCCUCGGCCAAGUCGCUCGCCUCGUCGUACCGGACCUUCGCAUCCUCGGUCGCCUCGUCGGCUCGCAACACCGCCUCGACCGCCGCCGCUGCCGCCGCGGGACAGGACGGCAAUGAGAACAACAACAACAACAGCACCAGCAGCAACAACAGCAGCGGCGCCAACCAGAACCAGGAGAGCACGACCACCGUGCCGUCGCCCACUUCGACUUCGACUCCGGCGCCGGCUCACGCAAACGCGGCCGGUACGACCGACGAUGCUCAGACGAUGGCAAUCUCCCGCAUUGUGGUCGCCGCCAUUGUCGCGGUGGCUGCUGCUUUCUGCGGAAUGUGA